CACACAGGGACGGGGCAUCCAGACCGGGUGGGAGAUAGGCAGAAGCUUGGAGGGAAAUAAUAUCUGCAGUGACCCAAAGUCCAGAGGCAGAACCACUGGGCUCCAUUUAUCUCCUCAAGAGCCUGUGACCUGACAGUUGAGCUCAAGGACGCUCCCAGGACGUCGCUGAAGUUUUCCCCUUGCUCUGCCUGCUGACCUCUGCUCUCCCCGGAGUACUCCCGAAAAAUGGAGCGGUCCACACAAGAACUUUUCCUCAACUUCAUGAUUGUCCUGAUUACUGUGUUGCUCAUGUGGCUCCUUGUGAAGUCUUACCAGGAGUAAAAGACAAUCAGAAACUCUGGGAGGUGAUUUAGGUGUGUGUCUCCACAGACAUAAGUAACACCCCCAGCCCACCUCUGUGAGUAGUUUUCAAGUGAGGAUGUCAUGAAUUUUUUUUUUACUCUCCCAUACCUGUUGCCUGUGCCAAUGUCUGUGAUGGGUCUAUGAUGGUGUAAUUAUUUUAUUCUGCAGUGAUCGAGCUGUAAAAUGUAAAAUGCAAGGUCCUUAGGACCUGUUUGAUGUGCUGUCUCCUCCUGUAGUCACUGUGACUGGGUAGCCCCUGCCGGCCAUGCCGGCGUGCUUGGUGUCGGUGUUAGGGUCUCGAGGGUAUAAAACUGCAGCAUGCAAUGUAACCAUCUGAAUUCACCAGCACAAGGGGCACAAUCUCGCUUAGCAGGAAGGAAUGUGAAAACUCUGCUUUCACUUGUUCGUUUCACUUAAAUAAAG